AUAGGAUCAUGGGACGAAAGGCUAAGUUAGGGAAAGGGAGAAGAGAUCGCUUCUAUAAACUAGCCAAAGAGACGGGUUACAGAUCCAGGUCAGCGUUCAAGUUGCUUCAGUUGAAUAGAAAGUGGAAUUUUCUACAGAAUUCAAGAAUUGUGAUUGAUUUGUGUGCUGCUCCUGGAGGAUGGUUGCAAGUGGCUGCUGAGCAUACCCCUGUAUCAAGCGUCAUCAUUGGAGUGGAUCUUGUACCUAUUAAGCCCAUCCAUAAUGUCAUCACACUUCAAGCUGAUAUUACUUCUGAUAAAUGUCGACAGUUGCUUCAUAAGGAAGUGAAAGACAUGAAGGCAGACUGCGUUCUACAUGAUGGCGCUCCAAAUGUGGGAACUGCUUGGAUCCAAGAUGCGUUUUCACAAGCAAUGUUGUGCUUGAAAGCUCUGAAACUUGCAUGUGAAUUCCUUACGUCGAAUGGAUUUUUCAUCACAAAAGUUUUUCGUUCCAGAGAUUACCAACCACUGAUGUGGGUACUGCAGCAGCUGUUUAGGAGGGUUCAUGCUACAAAACCUCAAGCGUCUCGAUCAGAAUCAGCUGAAAUAUUUGUUGUUUGCCAGGGCUACUUGGCUCCAGACAAGAUUGAUCCUUUACUCUUGGAUCCCAAGAUGGUUUUUAAAGAGGUCGAUGUAGCAAAGAAACCUCAGCUGUUUCAACAGGAAAACAAAAAACCAAAAGCCGAAGGGUAUGAUGAUAAAGCAGAUUCUCAAUUUAAAUCAUUCAAAAUGUCAGAAUUUGUGACAACGGACAGUUUCUUAGAGAUCUUAAGUACAGCCAGUGAGUUGGUGUUUGAUGUUGAUGUAUUGUCGAAACAUCCUUAUACUACUGAUGAGCUAAGGGAGUGCUGCAAAGAUAUCAAGGUAUUAGGAAAGAAGGAGAUCAAGAAAAUAUUGACUUGGAGAGUGAAAAUGAGACAUUUUCUUGAAUGUGAGCAGCAAGAUAAUGAGAAGGCUGAGUGUGAAAAGCCAGCAGAAACGGACAAACACAACGAGAAUUCAGUAGAAGAAACUGCUUCAUUGCUGCAAUCAGAUGUUCUAGCUGAACUUAAACGCAAGCAACGUAGAAUUCAGAGAAGACAACAAAAAGUACAAGAAAGGAUGAGACUAAAGAUGAGCUUACCAAAAGGUGAUCCUGGAGUAAACAAUGAGGAAAAGUUGUUCUCUUUGUCUGCCAUCACAUCCAAGAAAGCUCUGACAGAUAUUGAUCAUAGUGACAUGCCGCAGGACAUAAACAUGAGCAAAGACGAUGACUCCACUGAUGAAGAUCUAGCUGACAAUGAUGUGUCAAGUAGUAAUAUGUCCGAAGAUGAGAAUUUUAUUGAUAGUGUCAACCAGUGUACUCCUGGGCACAGCGAAGAAGAUAGUAAUCCACUCUUAGUACAAUUCAGCGAUGCUAAUAAGGCAGUCGUUGUCACCAACUGGUUUAAUAAGGAUGUGUUUAGAGAACUAGAAGAUGAUGAAGAUGAAGAUGCAGAACUAUCUGCGAUGACAGGAACACAUACAGGGAGUGAAGAGGUGAAACGACAGUCUGAGACAGCAACAAUUCGAAGUGAGGAAAGCACUAUACAUAAUGAAGUCGAAGAACCAAUGGCAAAGAAAAAGAAGACUACAGACAGUAGCAAUGACCAUGAAGAAAGUACAGGCCGUAAGUUUGAACCAUUAGAUCCCAUUGGUUUAGCAAUUGGAACAAGAAUUGCAACGUCAAAGAAGGCAAAGCAAGAACUGGAGGAUGGCAGUUACCACAGAUGGGCAUUCAAUGAUACAAACCUUCCUGCUUGGUUCGCAGAAGAUGAAAGGAAGUAUUACUUGAGACAAGUUCCUGUCACCAAAGAAAUGGUAGAAGAGUACAAAUCACGUCAACGGGAAGUGAAUGCUAGACCCAUUAAGAAAGUAGCAGAGGCUAAGGCUCGUAAGACGAAGCUGAGACUGAGACGGCUGAAGAAACUUAACAGAAAAGUAGAAUCCCUUGAAGCCAAUCUAGAUGUUUCAGAAAAGGACAAAGUUCAACAAAUUCAGAAGUUGUACAAGAAAUUGAAAAAGGAACCAAAGAAGGAAGUCACAUAUGUAGUUGCCAAGAAAGGAUUGGUUGGCAGGAAAGCAAAAAGGCCUGGUGGAGUAAAGGGUCGAUAUAAAAUGGUUGACCCGAGAAUGAAGAAAGACAACAGAGGACAGAGGCAGAAAGACACUGGAAAACCUAAGUUUAAGAAACGUAAAAGCGCAUUUAGAUGAGAGGACGUAGCACUAUGUUCCAUUUAUGACAAAUGGACUCUCAUUGUCAAUUAUAUUCAAUGCCAGAAUGCA